GAUGGGGAAGCAGGCUGUCGGGCCCACCCCUGCACUCCCUGUAGGCCUCCGGAGCCCCCUGCCGUAGGUAGCUGCAAAGGAUGCUGGCCUCGACCCUGAGAAGACACCGCUUCCUCAGAGGGGCCAAGUGUUGCGAAUGCAGUGCCUCGCUUUCGCACCAGUACUACGAGAAGGAUGGACAGCUCUUCUGCAAGAAGGACUACUGGGCCCGCUAUGGCGAGUCUUGCCAUGGGUGCUCGGAGCACAUCACCAAGGGGCUUGUCAUGGUGGCAGGGGAGCUGAAAUACCAUCCUGAAUGCUUCAUCUGCCUCACGUGUGGGACUUUCAUCGGUGAUGGGGACACCUACACUCUGGUGGAGCACUCCAAGCUGUACUGCGGGCACUGCUACUACCAGACCGUGGUGACCCCCGUCAUCGAGCAGAUCCUGCCCGACUCCCCCGGCUCCCACCUGCCCCACACGGUCACCCUAGUAUCCAUCCCAGCCUCAGCUCAUGGCAAGCGUGGCCUCUCAGUCUCCAUCGACCCCCCUCACGGCCCACCAGGCUGCAGUGCUGAGCACUCCCACACCGUCCGCGUCCAAGGAGUGGACCCGGGCUGCAUGAGCCCAGAUGUGAAGAAUUCCAUCCACGUCGGAGAUCGGAUCCUGGAAAUCAAUGGCACGCCCAUCCGGAACGUGCCCUUGGACGAGAUUGAUCUGCUGAUCCAGGAAACCAGCCGCCUGCUCCAGCUGACUCUUGAGCAUGACCCCCACGACACACUGGGCCAUGGGCUGGGGCCUGAGCUCAGCCCCCUGGGCUCGCCGGCUCACACUCCCAGUGGGGAGGCAGGUAGCUCCGGCCGGCAGAAGCCUGUUCUGAGGAGCUACAGCAUCGACAGGUCUCCAGGCGCCAGCUCACUGGGCUCCCCGGCCUCCCAGCACAAGGACCUGGGUCGCUCCGAAUCCCUCCGUGUGGUCUGCCGGCCGCACCGCAUCUUCCGGCCUUCAGACCUCAUCCACGGGGAGGUGCUGGGCAAGGGCUGCUUUGGCCAGGCCAUCAAGGUGACGCACCGGGAGACAGGCGAGGUGAUGGUGAUGAAGGAGCUGAUCCGCUUUGACGAGGAGACCCAGCGGACGUUCCUCAAAGAGGUGAAGGUCAUGCGAUGCCUGGAGCACCCCAACGUGCUCAAGUUCAUCGGGGUGCUCUACAAGGACAAGAGGCUCAACUUCAUCACUGAGUACAUCAAGGGUGGCACGCUGCGGGGCAUCAUCAAGAGCAUGGACAGCCAGUACCCGUGGAGUCAGAGGGUGAGCUUUGCCAAGGACAUUGCCUCGGGGAUGGCCUACCUCCACUCCAUGAACAUCAUCCACCGUGACCUCAACUCCCACAACUGCCUGGUUCGUGAGAACAAGAACGUGGUGGUGGCCGACUUCGGGCUGGCGCGGCUCAUGGUGGACGAGAAGACGCAGCCCGAGGACCUGCGGAGCCUCAAGAAGCCAGACCGCAAAAAGCGGUACACGGUGGUGGGCAACCCCUACUGGAUGGCGCCCGAGAUGAUCAACGGUGAGUCGGCGGCCCCGCCGGGCCCUCGGGUAACUGCUGGGCCUCCUGCUGGACAGAUCAUCGGGCGGGUGAAUGCUGACCCUGACUACCUGCCGCGCACCAUGGAUUUUGGCCUCAAUGUGCGAGGCUUCCUGGACCGCUACUGCCCCCCAAAUUGCCCCCCAAGUUUCUUCCCCAUUACCGUGCGCUGCUGUGAUCUGGACCCUGAGAAGAGGCCCUCCUUUGUGAAGCUGGAGCAGUGGCUGGAGACCCUCCACAUGCACUUGGCCGGCCACCUGCCGCUGGGCCCACAGCUGGAGCAGCUGGACAGGGGCUUCUGGGAGACCUACCGACGCGGCGAGAGCGGACUGCCUGCCCACCCCGAGGUCCCUGACUGAGCCCAGCCCACCCAGCCACCUCUGUCCCCACCUCUAGAGAAUCCAUCCUGCGCCAGAUUCCUUUGCAGCAGGUGGCUGGAUGUGGCUCCCUCAGCGGGGUGGUGGACACCCAGACCCAUCCCCAGUGCCAGGCCCUGACUUGCCUUCUCCUACCCUGUGGGCCGUGGCCCCUGCCCUGUCUCUGCCCUCGGCCCCAGAGCUGGCCUGGCUGCACACACAGCACCACCUCACCCUGCCUUACCUCUGUCUUGGCGGGGCCACCCCCUCACGCUUCUUGCAUGAGCUGGAGGACCCGUGUGAGUUGUGCCCCAUCCCGUGCCCCGCCACCCUGGCUGCCCCGCACACUCCACCCGUCUGCAGCUCCUCCGAGGCUGGGCUGAAGGACAGCCUCAGACCAUGGCCCGUCACGUGUUCCCAGGAGCCAAACAGGGAAUCUGGGGUCCAUCACCCACCUCGGGGUGUCUAAGUAGUAGCAGGUAUUGAUAAUUAUCCAAACUCCUAAAGCAGAGAGAGGUCUGCUCCUGUGGGGUGGAAGUCCCCGCCGGCCAGGCAGCAGCCCUCCCUUGCUUUGGGUCUUUUCAUUUCUUUAUUGAAGCCACUUUAGUGAGAAGCAGGUACCACACCUCAGGGUGACGGGAGGGUCCCUUGAGGGAGAGGGGAACCGUGGUCCCUGGACCAGGGCUGCUGGGAGGAACAGCAGAGGGAGGCUGGGCAGAGCGGAUGAGGCAGGUGUCCACCAGCAUCCCAGCCCCCUGAAGUUCAUCUCAGUGCCCCCUCCCGGGCCUCUCCUCGAGGCUCCCUGCCAGUGGCUGGAGCAGCCCCUGCCCGUCCCCAGGCCUCUCUGUCCUCUGGGUUCUUUCUGUGUAAUCUAUUUUUUAAGAAGAGUUUGUAUUAUUUUUUCAUACGGCUGCGGCAGCAGCUGCCGGGGGCUUGGGGUUUUAUUUUUUUGGCGGGUGGGGGUGGGGGGGCCAUUUUGUCACUUUGCCUCAGUUGAGCAUCUAGGAAGUAUUAAAACUGUGAAGCCUUCUCAGUGCACUUUGAACCUGGAAAACGAUCUAAACAGGCCCAUGGGACUAUGACUCAGGGAGGUGGGACACAGUCACCUCCCUCCAGGAAUCCCGAUGUCUAAGGAACAAAACCCAGACGCAGAAUAACAGAAUAAAUUCCGUACUCCCCCCC